AUUAAGGACCUAGGACCUCAUCCUCGUCCCUGCCAGCGCACCACAGGACCGUCUCUUCACUCUGGCCAUUCCAGACCCCGACAGACGAGCUGCACAGCAGUAUCUGUCCUCUCCGGAUUCACCUCCCUAGAUUUCUACCCGGACCGUUUGGGGAGGUGCUCUGAAUCUUAUUUCCGGUGGCGGAGAGGCGCAGUUGCCAUGGUAAUUAAAGGAAAGGCCGAGGUCGGUUGCGCUGCGGUGACAGGAUCACGGAAUCCGUGGAGAGAGUUGGCUGUGCUUCCUCGCGUAAUGGCCAUCAGUCCAGGAAGAGAUGCAACUUUCUCCAGUCAGAAGUCAGCGCUUUCAGAGAGUCCUCGAACAAAGAAAUUUCCACUAACUGAAGAAGAGAUAUUUUAUAUGAAUUGUAGAGCUGCCUACUUAACUGUUUUUAAAAGCAGCUUAGAAAACAUUAUUUCUAAAGAACAACUUUACUUGGCUCUACAGCAUGCAGGAAGAAAUCCAUCCCAAAAGACCAUUAAUAAGUAUUGGACUCCUCAAACUGCCAAACUGAAUUUUGAUGAUUUUUGCAUAAUUUUAAGAAAGGAAAAACCUACUUCAAAAGCAGAACUACUAAAAUCAUUUAAGCAAUUAGAUGUAAAUGACGAUGGCUCUAUUUUACACACUGACCUUUAUAAACUUCUAACAAAGAGAGGUGAGAAGAUGACUCGAGAAGAAGUAAAUGCCGUAAUAAGUUUGGCAGAUGUAAAUGCUGAUGGCAAAUUUGACUACAUCAAGUUUUGUAAAUUAUAUGUGACAACCAUUGAGCAAUGUCUCAAAACUACUGUAGAAAAACUGGAGGUUGACAGUAAACUGAGGCAUCAACAGUUUGGAAGCCACACUGAAGGAUCCCCUGAAAGGGACCCAUCACCAGUACCGAAACCAUCACCUAGAAUCAUAAGAAAAACUGAUCAGGAAACAUUCUCAAAUAAAGGUGAUACCAGCAGUUCUUUACUGGCAACAACUAGAAAGUUCAAAACAUCUGUUUCUUUCACAAUUACCAUGGGUGCUAAUAGUAACCGAAACUCAAAGUUAACUGAGCCAAACUCAAUAAAGGAGUGGCAAUGUGUACAAUCAAAAGGUUGCUUUUUCUUAGAAGAAGAUGGUGAAAUCAUUAGUCAUCAAUAUAGGAUGCAAAUAGCUCAGAGAUCCAUGGUUUAUCUAACAAUUAAACCAUUAAACCUGAGUCAAGUUGAAGGAAAACCAUCCCCUUGGUUGUCAGUUGAUACUGCCUUGUAUAUUCUUAAGGAAAAUGAGAGUCAAGCAAAUCUACAACUCAUGUGUUUUACUGAACUACGAAAUAGAGAAGUGUUUGGGUGGACCGGUGAACUAGGACCUGGGAUUUACUGGUUAAUUCCUUCCACAACUGGCUGUAGGCUGAGGAAAGAAAUAAAACCCAUAACUGAAGAGGCCCAGCUUGUGUAUAGAGAUGGAACAGGGGAAUUAUUUCUUACAAAGGAAUUUAGGUCAACUUUAUCAGAUAUAUUUGAAGUAAUUGAUUUAGAUGGAAAUGGUCUUCUAAGCCUUGAAGAAUAUAAUUUUUUUGAAUUGAGAACAAGUGGUGAGAAAUGUGAUGAAGAUGCUUGGGCUGUCUGCCGUGACAAUUUUGAUACCAAGAAGAAUGAACUAACAAGACAGGGCUUUAUGGAUCUGAAUCUAAUGGAAGCCAAUGAUCGAGAAGGAGAUCCUCGUGACCUUUGGGUAACUCUGCACUCAAUGGGCUAUAAUAAAGCUCUGGAAUUGACAGAGGCAUGCCCAUUUAUCAUCAAUAUCUAUGCAGACAAAUGCAAGCCAAGAAUUAAAGCUGUCCAUAUGGAGGCAUGCAGUGGGCAACUUGAGAAGGCCAUUUGUAAAUCCGUUCUUAACAAAGGCGAUGCCAGGGUAAUGGAUGGCUAUGAAAAUAUAAUUGUACAUACGUAUAAGCGUGACACCUGGAUAACAUCAGUUAUUGAAAACAAGUCAGAUAAUAAAGUGAUUAUUCACAUCAACAAUGAGCUAAGUAAAAACUGCAUAAACAACAGAGGACUGAACAUAUUUGCAGUAGAAGUGGCACCAAAAUCUACAAUGGUUUGUCAACAUGUAAUGCCUCUGAAUGAACGACAAGAAUGGAUAUAUUAUUGUGUGUAUUCCCUUAUAUCUUAAAUACUGUUUUCUACUUGAGCCUGUCAAACUAAGAAUUCUUUCAGGUUUAGUCUGUUAUUUGUUGAUAAACUAAAUGCUAAUCAAUUUAACUGAUGUACAUAAACAAUAAUCAAUUUAUAUGUGUUUAUAUUUUAUACCCAUGUUAUAUACUUUAUUAUUAAAAUAUAAAUAUAAAAUAGAAAUAAUAUAA